AUGGAGGAGCAAAAAAUUGCAAAGAUUGACAUCAUUCUAUUUGUUAUCAACUUAGAGACGGCUAAUUUACAAAUACAACUUGUAGAUAGCUGUGCAAAGUACAAUGAGCUCUACUACGCCACCUGUAGCAAAAAGGAGAGUCACCAACAGAACAAGCUUACGCGGGAGCGAUACCUCUUGAAGGAUGUCUUCAGACAAACCCUUUUGGAGCUGAUAAAUGAUGAAGACUGGUCCGUACUUCGAAACGCCAUUACGCUAUUGCAGAGAACAUCUUUACAUCAAACGCAACUGCGCAAACGCCACGAAGAAUUAAAAUCUUCCCUAGAAGCAAUAACAACACAAUUAAUAAAGAGACGACAUGAAUCUGAAGCUAAACUACGCCAUUGUGACCUCAAUACUGCUCUGCUUAAGGAUAUCAUAAAGGACACAAUGAUGAAUACGGCUAUGCGAUUAAAUUAUGUUGACAAAUGGCUCUUAGCCCGUGCGGAGUCUGUGGAUUUAGAGCACAGAGAAGAAAUAAAUAUUCCGCCUUCAACAGAUUGUGAAAAACGGGUCCAUCAACAAGUGUCAAAAAUUUAUGAACUACAGAUAAAGGAGAGCCAAGAAUCGUUAGAGUAUUGGAAAUGUCGUUAUAUAAAGGAUAUUGUUGACAUAAAUGAGAGACUAAAAACUAAAUCCAAGAAGUUCAAAGAAGCUGUUGAUCGACGUACCGAAUUGCACAAGCUGUACGACUUGCAUGCAGGGGAAAUGCGCGCUUGGCUGAGCUUCAAACAGGAACGGUCGGCGAGGCUCGCUCGUGAGGAACGCUCCCGUCUGGCGGCCACUCGCAUUCAAGCGUGGUGGCGCGGUGUCAUGGUACGACGGUGUAUCGGUGUCUUCAAACAGUUGAAGAACGCUAAAAAACCACAGACUAAAGUGAAGAAAAAAUAA